AUGGUUGAUUCAGAUGAAGAUUUCGCACCUCAAGAAUUCCCACACAAAGAUACAGAUGUUAUUGUAGAUAACAGAGACGAGAAUGAGGGGUAUUCUUCGGAAGAAGUUGAUGGUACACUUAGCAGAAGAGCCUCGAGUAUAUUUUCCAUAAACACUACUCCAUUGGCUCCCCCAAAUGCUACCGAUAUACAAAAAUUCACAAGCGACGAGCACCAUUUCAGCAUGAUGAGGAAUUUACAUAUGGCAGAUUAUAUCACUAUGCUGAAUGGAUUUUCUGGGUUUUACUCUAUUGUGAGCUGCCUGAGAUUUACGCUUACAGGUAAGCCUCACUACGUUCAACGUGCACAUUUUUUCAUCUUAUUGGGUAUGUGUUUCGAUUUCCUUGACGGUAGAGUAGCUCGUCUCAGGAACAGAUCGUCUCUCAUGGGCCAAGAACUGGACUCCUUGGCCGAUUUGGUUUCCUUCGGUGUUGCUCCAGCUGCAAUUGCCUUUGCCAUCGGCUUCCAAACUACAUUUGACGUUAUGAUUCUAUCUUUUUUUGUUCUUUGCGGUUUAGCAAGACUAGCAAGAUUCAAUGUAACCGUAGCUCAACUGCCUAAGGAUUCUAACACCGGCAAAUCCAAAUAUUUUGAAGGUUUACCAAUGCCAACUACUCUAGCUUUGGUUCUGGGUAUGGCAUACUGUGUUAGGAAAGGUUUGAUUUUUGAUAACAUCCCAUUUGGCAUUUUCAGAGAAGAUCAAUUAUUGGAAUUCCAUCCAAUCGUUUUAGUAUUUUUUAUUCAUGGAUGUGGGAUGAUUUCAAAGAGCCUGAAAAUUCCAAAGCCAUAG